GACGCCGACGUACUACUACAACAACCAAUACUAACACUACUACAACAACUACUACUACUAUACUUAUAUUUUACUCUGUGCAACUGGUGCCGAAUCUGCGCCGGGGUAGUCGCACGCUGAACACGCGUCUGGUAGGUGCGAACACGCUCUCGUGAUAUUAUACAGUCGUCGGCCGAUCCGUUCCGUUUUUCUACAUUAUCGUUCAAUAAUAUUAUUUCGCGUACGCAUUACAAUAAUAUUGUUUAUAUUAUUUUUCGCGUACGCAAUUUUAAAAUAUAAUAUUACACAAUUAUUAAUCAUAUUAUAUUUUAUAUUAUUGAAAUAUAUCAUUGUAAUUCUGUGCGUCUCGCGUCUUUACGAGGUAUUUACCGAGCGGUUUUAUUUUUUUCACCACUCGUCGAUGGGUCGUCGGUGGUAAAAAUCUAAAUGAAAAAUUUAAGAAAAUAAUUCGCAUUUUCUCUACCGCGUGUCACAUAUUAUAUUAUAUCGUCGUCGUCGUCCUCAAGUGGUGCCGUUCAAAAAACAUAAUAUUAUUAUUGUUAUUGCAUGAAUAUCAUACGCAUAUCAUAGAGUACGGUACAUCGCAAAGUUCGCGCACACGAUGAACACAAUGGUCACGCCGUUGUCCUCAUCAGUCGUCGUUGCCGUCGUCUCCGUCUAUCAAUCGACCGCCGCGAACGCAUCGUUCUACCGGUGACACGAGAGCUGUAUACGUCGCUGAAGUAGGUGUAGAGGUAGGUGGCUAACCGUACACAGACGUUCUCGUCGGUACCGAUUUUCCGCGACAGUGUCACGCGCCGUUCGGAGCGCCACACCGUGCACGCCGCUCCGGUUUUCGUUUGUGCACCGGCACCGUCGUUGCACUGCACCGUCACAUAUCGCUCCGCUCACACGCGUUGAGACGUGUACCUUACGUACCGCCACAUAACCCGCGUGGUACCAACAAACUAUGAACUCUCCGCAAAUGUACGACACGGCACCGCAGCCGCACGCCCAUCAGCCGCAACACCACCAGAUCAGCCAACAGGAACUGGCGAUGGCUGCCAAGAAAGCGCAGCUAGGGCAGCUCAAAAACAGGUAUGACAUAUCGGAACUGUCCACGCCCGAGAUAUCGCUCGACCUGCAGAACCUCAUCGACGACAGCCAGUUCAGCGAAGGGCUGUUCACGGAGAUCCUGCAGCAGGGUCAGGUCAAGUUGCCCAACGGCACCGGCGGCGGUGGAGGCCGAAACGGCGUCAACCAGAACGGUUUCAACUCGCGCACCACUCUCGCGUACAUGCCGCAGCCCGUGCACUACGAGAGCACGCCGGCAUCCACUGGCGGUCCCAUCAAGGAGGAACCGCCGGAGUCCGUCGAGUUCCGGAACCAGCAGCAACAGCAGCAGCAACAGCAACAGCAGCAGCAACAAUACCUUAGCAACGGCCAGGGAGGUGCGUUCCAGACAUCGCCCGUGUCUAGCAACGGCAGUAGCUCGCAUCUCAAGGCUCAUCACCACAACCACCACCGAAAGUCGAGUUCCGGCAGCAACAAGUCCGUGGACAAGAACACGGACGAGUACAAGAGAAGGCGUGAACGGAACAAUAUAGCGGUCCGCAAGAGCCGGGAAAAAGCAAAGAUCCGCAGCCGCGAGACCGAGGAGAAGGUCAAGCUAUUGGUCAAAGAGAACGAGCGGCUGCAGAAAAGGAUAGAGCUGCUCAGCGAAGAACUCAACGUGCUCAGGUCGCUAUUCACCAACGUGGGCGUCCUGCCCGAGCACCUUCACCGGGAGCUCAACAAACAUUUCGACGCCUAUCCACACUUGCAGUGAACCAUCUCAUGCGCGUGAUUUCAAGAAAUUGGUAUCGAUGAACCCGGUUCAAUAUCAUCUCCUCUCACACUUUUUGGUAUUAAACAGGGACAUUUUCUGACCUGUUUUUUUUAAUUAUUAUUAUUAUUUUUAUUAUGAUUAUUAUUAGGUAGUUAGAAUGUAAAAAUUGUUAUUGUUCAUAAAAAUCGUUUAUUUAAAGGUUUCUUCGAGACUUGACACAAAAAAAUAAAAUGAUAUAUUAUGUAUUAAUAUAAUAAUCCUAUAAUACUAUAAAACUACAAAGCAUCAAUAUACGUUAAAAUACAAAAUUAAAAUAUAUUGGCAGCGGCGCUCAAACGCUGAGCUACUUAACUAUAAAUAUAUAAUAAUAAUAACGUAUAAUAUUAUAUUUUUUUACGUACCUGUUCAGAGCCUUCUUUAAAAAAAUAUUACGAAUCUUACCAAAACCCUUUCGAUAUCGGGCAUAUUUUUAUACGUGAGUGUCUAAGACAUAGAUUUAUUAUAUGGACUAUAUUUAUUUAUUUUUCUAUUCGUACAAAAUCAUUUUAAUCAGUGCAAAUAUAAUAUAUUAUUAUUGUUUUGAAACGCCGCAGCAUUAUUUACCCCUCCUUUUAGGUUUGUAUAGAUGUGCAUACGCCACGAGUGUUCAAUUUUUAUUACCUAUAUCGUUUCGUAGAUAAUUGCUCGUCUUCUUGUAUUUUCUCUAAUUAUAAUUUUUAUUUAACUUACAUUUUUUUUUGUACAUACUAUACAAAUUACAUUAACGUGAGAGGAUCGGAGUGAACGGAUUGACCAAAAUAUUGUGUAUAAUAUUUCUUAUACGUAUACAUUAUAUCUAUAUAGUCUCAAUACGCUGUUCCUUGCUGCAGUUAUUACAACGUCAGCUGAGAUGUAUAUUAUGUUAAUAUUGUAAUAUCGUCCACGAGUGAUCGUAUAAAUGUUUAUACAUUGUAUAACAGUAUCGUAACUCGGAAGCGUUGCCGUCGGCGGACAUUCCUGAAUAUUACCAAAAUGUAAAAAAAAAACGAAUGUCCUACUUCCACCCAUCCCCACCCACCGAUAGUAUCUGGAAACGAUAAUAAUUUUAAAACGUCUCCACAAUAUCGUUAAAAUAUUAUUUGCUUUCCAAAGUAUACCGUAUGGGUUGUGAUGUGUAUGCGUAUGACUUUCGGUGAUGAUACCUGUAGAUUAUAUGUCCGUACACAAUUUACAUAUUAUUUACCAGUUUACCACAUGCGUUGUUCAGGUUGUACUGUAAGCACGUAUUUAAAUCUGCGUCGUUCAUCGUUAGGUACUACCGGAAAAGCACCAUUAAUUGUUCGUACUCAGAUAUAUCCCAAGUACCUAUAAGUAAGUACCGAGUGUUCGAGCACAGAGUGUGCAUAUUUUUAUCAUCAUUUUUGCACCGUACAAACAGAGGAAGAUUGUAACCAAGUAUCAGUUGCGUUCGGUUUGAAGACAGCUACUGUCGUUAUUCGUUUUUUCCUAUAAACCCUCGCGAGCGUCGGAAAUGUUAGAGUAGGUACACCUCCGGUCCGUUAAAUAAACAAUAAAAAAUAAAUAAAUAUAUUAUAAUAUAUUGGGUUGAACAUUUAUAACAAAUAACUGCCAAAAUUGGAUAGGUUUUUUUUUCUUAAUAAUUUCUCGUGUUUUUCCUCUUUUUUUAAAAUAAUGUUCUAAAAAAUUUUUUCAAUAAUGUAAAACACUGUGAUGUUAAAGUGCCUAUAUAAUUAAUAAUAAUUAUCGUUAUUUUCAUACCUGAAAAAAAAAAAU